AUGGCAAUGACAAAUCUUCUAACUUCUGAACAAUGCAACGCCCGUGGAAGUCUCACGAAUUCUCUGCUCCCUUAUGCACAUCACCCGACUCACAUGUCAAACGGCGGCUCGGUAGUUAUUGUCACCCCGACGACUAGUAGUUGCAGUAGCCUCGCUCUGACAAAUACUCCCAGCAACUUUGAGCUCAACACUUCCACUUGUUCUGUGAGCGAAAGAAGUUAUUCUCAUUCAUCUGGAGGUGUUGAAGGCAACGAGGAGGGCAGUCGUGGUACACUUGGUGAAAUUGUCAUCCAAAUGGUGCCCACAGAUGCCGCUGCAGUGAAGGGAAGUCAGAACGAUCAACACCAUUCAGAAUCUAUUCUCGGCUUGAUCUUGCAUGCUGUAGACGUGGAAAACACUGUUGAGGUCGGAAACAGACGCAUCACCAACGAAGAUGAGGGGGAAGAAGAAGAGGAGGAAUGGGAAGAGGAGGCUAUUGAGGGUGUGGAUGACGAUGAGGAUUUGGAAGAGGACGAUGUGGAUAAGUCAACGACAACUUCCGUAGACCUGAGUGAAAGUUGCUGUCUGGCCGGUGGUGAAGAAUUUGCAGAUUCCUCCUUUGGCCUAAACUUGAGCGCAUCUUUUCGACGUCUCUAUCAUCGUCUGUUCGACAGCAUACCAGAGGAAAUGGAGGAACCUGACAGUACAUGUAAGUAG